AGUCGAACCAGAAAGGCGCAUUAACCAUAGAUAAAAGGGGCCUUAAAUGUAGUGGCUUUGACUGGGAUUAUCCAAAGACUGUCUGGCUAACAGUUCUAUCAAUCCCCAUGACUGAGGAAACUAACAUUCCCAUGACUGAGAUGGGCAGUGACGAACCAAAAAAUUCACAGCUUGUCCCAGAUCCGGAAGAAGUCUUAGACGACUGUGGUUCGGGAAUAGAAAGAUUCACUAGGAUGAUCAAUUUUACAUUGGGCGUGCUUGUCUUCUUUCUCCAGUUGUGGGCCUUACUUAUUUCAACAAUGAAUGUGGAUAUAGACCCUACUGGCUUCUUAGUUGGCAUCUACCUCGUUAUGCUCGCAGCACUGGCGAUAUUCGAAAAGGUCAGGAGUAUUGAUAUUGCUCGCUGUUUGACUUUAUUCGCGAUCUUAGAUGUCACCGUCUUUGGGCCGUUCAAAAAGUCACUUUCUGCCUUUCACCACUCUUGGUUAAAACGUCAUCCUGGCCAACGAAUCAGCAUCAAGGAAGUUGCAGAAUUGACUCGUCCCGCUUUCCAGCAAAAAAUGUCUCCAUCAAACAUUAUAGCCGGUUUCAAAUCUACUGGAAUUUAUCCAUUCAACCGAUAUGCAAUUGAUCAAUCAAGAUUUGCACCUUCAUUGGUAACAGACUUGGCAGUUCCUUCUGCUGAACUACCCGACUCUGUUGCUACAGACAAUUCAUCAGUGACAAGUGAUAACUCAAGCCUAGACCAUAUAACUCCAGAACAAAUUCAACCAUUUCCAAUGGUAAAACAAACUGGGAUGAGGAAAAAGAAAGCGUGUAAUGUAGGUUCAACUAGAAUUCUAACAUCAACUCCAGAGAAACAAAUUAUAGAAGAUCACCAUAAUCGCAUUCAAGCUAAGAAAAAGGGACUUGCAAUACCUUCGACAAAUAAACCAAGGAAAGUGAAAAGUAAGGGCAACCAAGAUAUAUGCAUAGAUGAUGAAAACAAAGAAAAUGAUUGUGUUAAAGUUACACGAAAGAAAAAUUGUGAGAAGGGAGAUAAAUGUGAUGAUGACUUGUCGAUUAAAAAUUCUUCUGCCCUUUCUGUAGUAAACAGAACCAGAUACGAACGUGCAGCCAAAAGGAACUUGUUUUCAUAA